AUGAAUCAAAGAGUCAACCAGGAGUGGAACCCCUCUGAGGUAGAGGGGGCGAGAUCAAUCAUUGAACGUCUCAACAACUACUACAACAAUGAUGGCACCAUCCAUGAGAAGAACAAGAAGCAUGAUAUCGUGUCCAAUCUCAAAGCAUGGUUCCCUAGGAAGACCAUGCAACAGUGUCCAGAGAAGGAGUACAACGGUUCCAAUAGUGACCAUGGUGUGAUUUACACCAUGGAUGGCCUUGUGAAUAAAAACUUUGGAUGGCAAGAGGAGGUUGUCAUGGAAGGAAUGGGUAUUUUGUUUGGUCUUCCAUUAGAGAGUAUGCAAACCAUGGAGAUACAAGAAGAGGUGCAGAUGGUGGAGGAGAACAAGGUGGUGUUGGAGAAUAAGAUGUGCAUCCCUCAACCAGUGCUUGCACCACGUGCCAAGGGGUUUUGGACCCUAGAGGAACACAGGCUCUUUCUCCAUGGGUUGAGUGUAUGUGGUCGUGGAAAAUGGAAGGAUAUAUCAAAGUACUUCGUCACUAGUAGGACUCCAGCCCAGAUUUCGGGCCAUGCACAAAAGUACUUCAUGAGGCUACAGAGAAAAGGGUCAGGAAGCCAACGCUAUAGCAUCAAUGACGUGGAGCUCGAUGAUGCUGGCCCAUGGAAAAUGGAGAAUAGCUUUAAUUUCUGGAAAGCACUCGCCUUGCAAUCUACAAUUGGUGGGGAUAACAAAAAUCCAAGUUUUGAUUUGCAAACUCCUUCGAGUCCAUUUUUCACCAUGAACAAUAUAGUCUAG